AUGCGGGAGUUGGUAUCAGCCGUUGGGGAAGUCAAGAGUCAGAAGUUUUCGACACCAUUUCAUUGUUUCAUUUUUUUUCAUCGUUCUGCUUUUCAAACUUUGUUUUUGUUCCAGUUAUGCGGAAGUGAAGUUGGUCGUAAAACAUUACGCAUCAAAGGUAUCUACGCAUUGUUACGGGAAUUUGAUCGCGCUUCGUCGGCUUCGGUAUCAUUAUUGAAGAAAAACUCGUUGAGAGAAUUAACGGUGACACCGGUUAAUGAGUAUGACAUCACAAAUAACCAUUCCCAAUCUGAAAUGUACGAUCGACAAAAUUUGCAAGUUGGAUCAGCACUUCAUAAUAUCCAGGAAAGGACUACAGGCGCUACUAACAUGCAGAGUACAAAAUUUCCAGGUGAAACCGGAAAUUUAAUAUAUAUAGAUGGACAAAAUUGUUCGAUUUUACAUGCACUAAUUGGUUUGCUUAUUCAGGAUUAA